CAAAAACCUUGGGCCCGAAUUGCUUUUCAGCGUGAUAAUAAAUCAUGGAUUGUGAGAGAAGUAGAUAUAGCUUUGGAAGUACUUGACCUUCAUUCAAUUUUAACUUCUAUUAAUUUAAAAACUAUUGAAACAAAAUUUGAUCCUCAUGCGGGAUAUUAUCCAUAUUAG